CGGCUCUCUCAAUAUAUGCAUGGUCCGUUGGCUGCUCAUUGGCUUGCAGCCAAACGCAUUUUACGGUAUCUUAAAGGAACCAUGUGUCAUGGUCUUCUACUGCGCGCUGAUGCUCCUUUGAACCUUACAGCCUUUAGUGAUGCCAAUUGGGGCGGCCCGGACACUGCUGGCCGUUCUACUACUUCUUACCUCAUCUACCUGGGCUCUAAUGUUAUUUCAUGGAAAUCUGCUUUACAAAAAACAGUCUCUCGAUCCUCCACUGAGGCGGAAUAUCGAGCGAUUGCCAAUGCUGCCGCCGAAGUUCUUUGGGUUCAACAUUUACUUCGUGAGCUGUCUAUCUCAUUUACCGCUCCUCCACGCUUGUUUACUGAUAGUCUUAGUGCAACUUAUGUCUGCAAAAAUCCCGUGUUUCAUUCUCGCAUGAAACAUCUCGCCUUGGAUUACUUUUUUGUACGUGAUUUGGUUGCAGCCGGCUCUCUUCUUGUUCAUCAUGUUUCUUCCAAAUUCCAGCGGGCAGAUGUCCUCACAAAACCACUAGGACGAGCUGGUUUUCUCUAUUUUCGGUCCAAGAUGGGAGUCUCCGAUGGAUCCUCCAUCUUGAGGGGGCGUAUAAAGGAUAUACAUUAAUCAGUUUUUAUCUUAACCAUUAUCAUUAAUUAUUGUUAAUAGUUUAGUAUAUAUCCAUAUGUAUUUACUCAUGUAUAUCUCCUGUAACCAACUGCACGAAUGAGUACUAGAAUCCUAGUUGAACUCUACUGCCUGUAGCUUACAUAUACGGAUGUACUAUUCUUUUUCAAUUCAAUGAAAAUCACAAUUGCUUACAAAGACUACGACGAACUUCCCGGCUAGACUGCAAGCAAGGUCUCCUAAAUUACUCG